AUGAGGUCGCCAUGCAGCUACUGCAGAUCCUGGAGCCCAAACUGUUCCGUUACGCCCAUAAACUGGAGAUCCAGCGUACCGAUGGGGUCUUGUCUCCAGCCUCCCCUCUCCCUCACCUGUACUCAGUGUCCUACUAUCAGCUCAGUGAAGAACUGGCACGGACCUACCCUGAACUCACCCUUCCCAUCUUCUCAGGUACAUACACAAACCUGUACCUCCGUGAAGUUGGCACCCCAUAAAAAUAAAUUAUCACCAAAA